AAUAUUAACUAUUAUUGAAAAGAAAAUGCGAUUAUCUUAUCACUAUCACUUAUCAGAAUCGUGGUGGAUCCACGACACGAAUGAACGACCCAAUUGUUGAGGGUUGGUGUCACCAAAAGAUAGUAUGGUUUUUAUUUUAUUUUAAUAAAAAUGUUUUAAAAUCACAACCGGAGUACUAGUAUUGGAUUUAGACUUCAAUUUUCAUUUGUGUUUUUAUUUCUUUUCAGCUAAUGGUUGUUUAGCAAAGAUAUAUUUUUAUUUCUAUCGAUAGUACGAAUAUUGAAGAGCAACCAUUGGACUUAAUUUAAUAGUUGGGGUAACACGACUUGCUAAUUAAGUUUUUUCCCCCAAAAGAUAGUCGUAUUUUACUAGGUAUCAAUAGAUACGCAAACACGACUACAAAGACCGAAUUGAAGAACAAAAGUCGAACUGAACGAAACCCGUGGGAAUAAACUAAGGGCUUUCUCGCCCACUUUAUGAGUGACCCUAUUCUCUUCUUGACUAACAGGACAUAAAAUAUAAUCCGACAAAGCUAAUAAAAAUUGUUAAAUCUCCAAAAGCACUAAUGCCCAGUGCAUCCCAUGUAUCUCUAUCUCGAACUUCUUUAGUUGGGCUUCCCCUUAACUAUCUUGUUGAGAUGGGCCUCUCCGUCCUAAAACAGUAGCCGCUCUUAAUUCUUAGAACUGAAACUACAGUUGUCGAACCAUUACUGAAAAACUUCAAAGAAGGCUAUAUUGCAUGCAUAAUCAAUUUCAUCUAAUUCUAGCAGCCUGUGCUAUAACACAUAUAUAUUCAAUCGAUCAAACCUAUCGAUGAUUUCUCUAAAGUUGUGCUUCUUCUCAAGAUUUUCGUGCCAAAGGAAAUGAAAAGGAACGGUGGGUUAAGCAUUCAUCUCAUCUAAAACACACAUUGAGUGAUUAUUAAGCAAAUCCAACCUAUUAUGGCAAUAACGAUGUACAAACAAUGUAACUCUUGCCAUAAUAUGGGAGGUCUAAAAUAGUACUUUUUGUGUGUCAUCACCCCUACACUUUCCUUCUUAUACAAAAGUGUGGUAUUUUCUUGGACACAUCCCUUUGUCCACCUUUUUCGAUAUCAAUGUGCCACCAACCCAACAUUUCACCUUCAACUUGUCAGGUGGUAGGUUUUCCAUGCCCCCUCGUUAUCAGGGCCAUUGAGCAUGGAUGGUAUCUGGCAUGAACAAUCUUUUUGUAGUAACACUAUGAUUGUGCUUAUUGUCAAAUUGCUAAGGUGGUUUGACAUAUCAUCGUCCAACCAGAAGCACAAUAGAGAUUCUGGCUCCCACUCGUCCAGUGGUUGGACUCAUAUAUCGGUGGACAUGAUGGAGCAGUAAUCUUUGGAGUGGGCUGUUGGCAACUAUAGAAGUCUACAAACGACUAUACUUUUUCGGCGAGGCAACCACACAAAUCCAUGGACUCAUAAAUCCAUGGACACAGAGGGAGCUAUUAGAAACAAAGUUCGUCCGACUCAAUCCCAACAGAUCUUGUCAUGGAGGCCACAUAAGGAGGACUGUACAAUAGUCAAUCCAUAUGGCUUUGUAAGGAUGUCAAUUUUUUGCUAGCGGUAAUGAGUGGUAUAUCAAGAAACACCUUGGUUGUGCUUUUUGGUCCUUUUUUAUGAGUAAUGGUAAAUUUACCAUCAUGCUCAUCGAGAUCUGCAGGGCUAUAGAUGAGCUACAACUUGCUCGAAAGAAUGACGAUCAAAAGGCUGAUAUUCAAUUAGACUCUUUAGAUAUAAUGAAUCUCUUCAGUUAUUCAGCAUGUUACGAAAAUGCUAAACAUAUAUUUGUUAGGUUUGGGUUGUUCUUGUGAUCAAUAACAAAAUAAUGUUGCCAAUCACUUAGAAAAUAUAGGUCACAAUGUUUUAGUAGGAUGUUUAGUUGUUAACUAUUCCAACAGUAUCCUUUGUAAUUGAGUUAACUGCAAUAUUAUGAGAUCUUCAGAACCUUGUACAAUUAAUAAAGCAAGUUAAGGCUUAGGUCAAACAAUUCGUGGGAUAAGACUCCAUGCUCUCGCUCCGGAGCAAAAAAAAAAAAUAAAUAAAUAAAAAAUGCAAUACGAAUGAGUUUGUAAGAAAAUUAUGGAUUAUUAUUCAUUGGAGCAUGAAUUUUGUAAGGUAAUUCGGUAAUUUGUUUCACAAAGAUAACGAAAGAGAGAGUAUCAGCAAUGGUGAUCGUCGAAACAUGAUGUGUUGGAAUACUACUCAACGAGUUCAACGUCCACAAUGAUGCAACACGCAAGAUUACUGGAAAGAGCAUGCAAAUUGCUAAUUAGACAAGGAAUGAUAAUUAAAUUUAAUAAUUUCUUGUAAGGAACAUUGUUAAUGUAAAGUAUUAUUAGUUUACUACAUUUGCGAGAUUAUGCUUAAUAUUGCGAACUUAUCUUUCUUUUCUGAUUUUUUAGUUAUUAAAGAAGUAACUGAAUACAUUUACAUCUUUUGUUGUCCACUUCCAUAAUUUUUCAAAAUUAUCGGCUAAACAAAUUUUUUUGUUCGUCACAACCUCAUUACAACCACAACAUCAACAAAGUCAUAUGGGGUUAUCAUAAAAAAAACCCCAUGGGCAAGUUGUGGAUGAUAGUGCUGGGACCUUUUUCUGUUCUUCAGCGAUAGUUGCGGAAGCUAAAGCCUUGUUGACUGCUGCGAGAAUGGCAGCCUCCCUUCACGGUCCUCGCAAGUUAGAGCGUGGAUUCAGAGGAUUCGCUUUCUCCUUCAAACGCAUAUCGGAUUGAGUAUCUUCUUCACGCCAAGAUCUACUAACAAAAGUGCAGAUUGGGUGGCUAAGGAAGCGGCAAAUGGAUCUCUUCCUCCAGAAUGGAUCCAAGUGCUUGACAUUUUAAAUCCGAUCUUAUAACUCGGUUUUUGCUUGUACUCCUAUCCUAUCGUUGAUUUGAAUAGAAAUUACCUAUUGUAAAAAAAAAAAAAAAAAGUCAUACGAGACCGUAACUUUAAACAGACUUAUAGGUUAUCUAGCCAGAUGGUUGAAGGUAAAGCCCAAAUCCUUGAUUCGAAUGAAGCCUUGGUCCAAAAUCCAAAUCCUCCCAGGAAAGGGAAAGGCCCACUACCUUCGUGUUCAUUAUCCGUAAUUCCGUUGGCCACUCUCUCGUUCCUUGUCUAUAUUUUUUUGCUCAAACUUACAAAGUAGUCAAACAGUGCUCUUCUGAGGUGUAAAGGAAAAGCAGCAGUCGCAAAAAUUUCACCUCCGAUUCUCUCCGACUCCGAGGUCCGUCGUCGGCGUUGUCACGAAGUAGAGAGAACUCGCACCUCCCGCCACUCCGAUCGAGGUCGACGACGCUGGUGGUAAACAUCUGAUUUUGCUUUCAGUUUUCCAUUCCGAUUAGCAAUGGAAGACUCGACUAGCGGCGCGUCUCUUCCCUCAGUAGGCUCCGACGCGAAGAAGCGCCGCGUGACCUAUUUCUACGAGCCGACGAUCGGCAACUACUACUACGGACAGGGGCACCCGAUGAAGCCCCACCGCAUCAGAAUGGCGCAUAACCUAAUUGUUCACUACUCCCUCCACCGCCGCAUGGAGAUAAAUCGCCCUUUUGCUGCCGCCCGCGAUGACGUCCGGAAGUUCCACUCCGACGACUACAUCGACUUCCUCUCCUCCGUAUCCCCGGAAUCGGUUUCCGAUCCGGUCAAUGGGCGUCAUCUCAAGAGAUUCAACGUGGGCGAGGAUUGUCCGGUGUUUGACGGGCUUUUCGGGUUUUGCCAGGCCUCGGCCGGUGGUUCGAUUGGCGCGGCGGUCAAGCUCAAUCGCGGCGAAGCCGACAUUGCAAUUAACUGGGCCGGUGGAUUGCACCACGCCAAGAAGAGCGAGGCCUCAGGGUUUUGCUAUGUGAAUGAUAUCGUGCUCGGAAUUCUCGAGCUUCUCAAGGUUCACAGGCGUGUGUUGUAUGUUGAUAUAGAUGUACACCAUGGAGAUGGAGUAGAGGAAGCAUUCUACACAACUGACAGGGUGAUGACCGUGUCUUUCCACAAGUACGGAGACUUCUUUCCAGGAACUGGACAUAUAAAGGACGUUGGGGCUGGCCAAGGGAAGAACUAUGCCCUUAACAUUCCAUUGAAUGAUGGGAUUGAUGAUGACAGUUUCAGGAGAAUGUUUCAGCCUGUAAUGCAGAAAGUUAUGGAGGUUUAUCAGCCUGAUGCCGUGGUUCUUCAAUGUGGAGCAGAUUCCUUGACUGGUGACAGGUUGGGUUGCUUCAACUUGUCUGUGAAGGGCCAUGCUGAUUGCCUCCGUUUUUUGAGGUCUUUCAACGUUCCUCUAAUGGUUUUGGGUGGUGGUGGGUAUACCAUCCGAAAUGUGGCUCGUUGCUGGUGUUAUGAGACAGCGGUUGCAGUUGGAGUUGAGCCUGAUAACAAGCUGCCUUACAACGAGUAUUAUGAGUACUUUGGUCCUGAUUAUACACUUCAUGUGGAGCCUACCAAUAUCGAAAACUUAAACUCGCCGAAAGAUAUGGAGAAUAUAAGGAAUAUGUUGCUGGAACAACUCAGUAGACUUCCUAAUGCACCCAGUGUGCCCUUUCAGACAACACCAUCUGUGACGGAAGCUCCAGAAGAGGAUGAAGAGGAGAUGGAUCAGAGACCGAGGCCUCGUAUAUGGAAUGGGGAGGAGUAUGAAGACUCAGAUCACGAGGAUGACCAUAAGCCUCAGGCGAGAAGCUUUAACACCGACGAUGAGUCCGUCCAGAAUGGUGAAGCUAGGGAUGUGGCAGAUGGUAUGGAAGACGAAAAACCAGAAGUGGAUAGUCGAUCUUGAUAUCAUUGGAAGUCUAGUCACUCUGCUCUCUGUUAGGUGACCUUCUUUGUAACGUGUUAGCCGUAGAAAUUUGGAAGGCAUUAUACUUUUGGCAAAGCAAGGGAAUACGUUUCGCAAGAGGAUGUUAAGAGAAUGUUACAUGAUUCUGAUGUUGGCAUGUAACUGCCACUGGUAGUGUAAAGAAUGAAUGAAAGAAUAGUUAGAACCAAGGCUUUUUAUUCAUAAAAAUUCUGCAUCAUA